UGGUGCACGCGCGGAGACAGAGCGGACAGACAGAGCGGCGCCAUUUUGUUUGUUUUAUAGAAACUCUAGCUUUACUGUAGGAGGAGGGAGGAGAGAGAGAGAGAGAACCCUGGGUACGGUGGCCAAAUAAGGAAAGCUACGAUAGGAGCGUUUCUUUGUUUGGCGUCCCCCGCCACCUCACUUGUGAGAAGGUGCUGGGACGAUGUUCUACGCCCACUUUGUCCUCAGUAAACGUGGGCCUCUGGCCAAAAUCUGGCUGGCGGCCCACUGGGACAAGAAGCUGACCAAGGCACAUGUGUUUGAGUGCAACUUGGAGAGUAGUGUCGAGAGCAUCAUAUCACCAAAGGUGAAAAUGGCUCUGCGCACAUCUGGUCACUUACUUCUGGGCGUUGUGCGGAUAUAUCACAGAAAAGCCAAAUACCUGCUUGCUGACUGCAAUGAAGCUUUUAUAAAGAUCAAAAUGGCCUUUCGUCCAGGUGUGGUGGAUCUGCCUGAGGAGAACCGGGAAGCAGCCUAUAAUGCCAUCACCUUACCUGAGGAGUUCCAUGACUUUGACCAGCCGCUUCCAGACCUGGAUGACAUCGAUGUUGCCCAGCAGUUUACCUUGAAUCAGUCUCGUGUGGAGGAAAUCACCAUGCGGGAGGAGGUGGGCAACCUGAAUUUACUGCAAGAAAAUGACUUUGCUGAUUUUGGAAUGGACGAUCGAGAGAUGAUGCGGGAGGAGAGUGCGUUUGAGGUGGACAUCAUCCACGGAGCUUCUGCCUCCAACCUGCUGCUGGAACCAGAGUCUGCCAGCGGUCAGAUGGCAGAUAAAUCCAACCACCUGGAGUAUGACCAAUACAAAGACGACUUUGGGGACAAUCCAAUGGAGAGCACCGAGGGAGGCAUGCUAGUGGACAAGCUCCUCAGUAAUGAGGAUGGGGGUGGCAUUUUCGAUGACCCACCUGCCAUUACUGAAAAUGUCAUGAUGCCACAGGAUCAUGGUGGAGAUGACGACGAUGAUUUUGACAACCUGUCCCCAGCAGGAGGUCCAGACAGUCCAGACUCUGGGCCUGUGGAGCAGCUUCCCACCAUGACAGACCAGACAGAGCAGACCACACUGGUGCACAACGAAGAGGAGGCCUUCGCCCUAGAGCCUAUCGACAUCACAGUGAAGGAGACCAAAGCUAAGAGGAAGAGGAAAUUGAUUGUGGACAGUGUAAAGGAACUAGACAGUAAGACCAUCCGAGCUCAGCUGAGUGACUACUCGGACAUUGUCACCACUCUGGACUUGGCUCCCCCGACUAAGAAGCUGAUGAUGUGGAAGGAGACAGGAGGGGUGGAGAAGCUCUUCUCCCUGCCUGCUCAGCCACUGUGGAAUAGCAGGCUCCUUAAGAUGUUUACACGGUGCCUGACUCCUCUCGUGCCAGAAGAGCUGAGGAAGAGGAGGAAGGGAGGAGAGGCUGACAGCCUAGAUGAAUUUCUCAAAGACCUGGAGAACCCAGAGGUGCCUCGAGAGGAAGCUCUGGCUCAGAGAGACAUAAUUGACCAGACCAUCCUCGAGGAGCCCAGUGUGUUGCAGGCCUCUGCCAUGGAGGGCAGUCGCACUCAGGACGAGUCAGUCAUGCCUCCUCCCUCCAGCCACCGCGGCCAGAAGCGCAAGGUCCAGGACACAGAGCCUGCUCUGCCCAUGCUGGAGGAUGACCGUUCUUCUAUCGUGUCCUCACGGCUCAAUGUGCAACAAGUCGAGCUCCCUCCAGAAGAACCACCUAACAUUGCCCAGCUCAUCCCUGAGCUCGACCUGCUUGUGGAGAAGACCAAGGAGAAAAAGGAUGAUGAAGAAGAAGAGGAGGAGGAGGAGGGUCAAGGUGGAGACCUAGAUCAGGAGGAGAGGCGAUGGAAUAAGAGGACACAGCAGAUGCUACAUGGCCUGCAGAGGGUGCUUGCCAAGACAGGAGCAGAAUCAGUCAGCCUGCUAGAACUUUGCAGGAACAACAACAGGAAGCAGGCAGCAGCCAAGUUCUACAGCUUCCUUGUGCUGAAAAAGCAGCAGGCAGUGGAGCUGACACAGGCAGAGCCUUACAGCGACAUCAUUGCCACUCCUGGUCCCAGAUUUCACAUCAUAUAAACCAUCACACCAUACAGUCAAAUGACAUUACACUGGCAGGUUUUGUUCGUUUUUUUGUUGUUGGUUUUUUUUUUUCGUAAAUGAUGUGUUACAUUUCUCUGUCUGUAUUUUAUGUAACAUAUACAGUAUGUGACAUCUGUAUCUCAAGUAGAAGAUAAAUUUUUAUGGCUCUUCUGAUGAGGUUUUGGAUCUUCGGUUUAAUAUAGAAUCAUGUUGAAGUUGCAUUGCAUAACUACAGAGCAAAAGUAGUAGUGGAUUUUAGCGCUCAUGAAAGUUGAUAUUCAUUUUUUUAAAGAGGUUUCAGUCUCUUUCCUUAACUAAUAAUGAUUUGUCAGCUAAUUUCUAAUUUACAUGUGUGAAUGUAUUAAGUCCACUCAUUUUGCAUGCUUCAUAUGGAAUAUCACCUGACAGAUAAAUGUCCUUCCAUUUAGUGUACCACUAAUUUUACCUUUGUAUAAGCUAACAAGUGCUCUAACACCAAAAUAAUAACACGAAUUGACUAUGUACUGAAACAUUUGUGUUUCUAGCAUGGAAACAAUAUGCCCAUGUUUUUGUAUGGGCUUUUAAAAGAGAGGACAUUUUUCUCCCUUCAAAAGUGGUCCUUGCCCCAGUGCUCCCAGAGCAGGAAUGUUCUGAACAUGUAAACAAAGGGCAGCUUCAAAUAUUGUCAUGUAGACAAAGCUGAAAUGAGACUGAUAGUUAUUAACUGUGAUAUAUAUUAGAUUAAUUUAUAUAUUGAUAUUGUGCCAUUUACUUUAAACAUGUUUUCCCUCGUCCAUUGUGCAAGCAUUUGUUGUUGUCAUCUGUUGCAAGCCCUGUGUAUGAAAGGCUAGUAGGUCAUAAACGUUACAGAAAUGGCAACUAUUCAUUUUUAUAUUUCUCUUAUGUGAUAUAAGUAAUCAUGUCCUGUUACAAUACAUCUUUUAUGAAAACUUGCCUUUUAUUUAGGCGUAUUUGCUAGUAAGUUUCCAUUUUGCUUGUUUAUAUGGAAACUGUUGAAAAUACUAAGUAUUACAGUCACAGUUUGUUAUUGAUAUUAUUGCUUGUAGCCCUAAGCUGAUACAUAUGUGUUAUCUAAUUUUUGUAAUAAAAUGUUGGAAAGAAAAUUCAAA